AUGCAAAUUAGUGAAGCGUUCCAUAAUUUUUUUUCAGCAACAUUUGUUUCUUCAUUUUUGAAAUGUAGUGUGAAUAAUCACAUGAUGCAACCCACUGAUUGCAGACAACAAAGUGGAUCACCAAAAAAGAGUGCUUUGGAAAGCUCAUCAGUCUCAGCUUCUCAGAGCAGCUCAGAGAUUGAGGUGCCCUUGUUGGGCACCUCUGGAUACUCAGAGGUAGAAUUGUCAUUAUUAUAUUCUAAACCUAGUUCAGAGACAGUUUCAAGUGGGCUAACUUCCAAAACUAGUUCAGAGGCAGGUGUUUCAUCAUCAGUAUCUAAAAACAGUUCCUCAUCAGGCACAUCAUUACUAACUUCCAAGACCAGCUCAACAAAUACAUCACUUCUAACUUCCAAAAGCACUUCCCAGGUAGUUGCAUCAUUGUUUUCUUCCAAGAGCAGCUCCCAGGCCAGUGGAUCUCUGGUUUCCAAAAGUACUUCUUUAGCAAGUGUGUCCCAGCUUGCAUCUACGAUUAGCUCACAGAAUAGCACCUCACAGUUGCCUUCUAAAAGUACUUCACAGUCAAGUGAGAUCUCAGUCCAAUUUUCUUGUUGCAAGUUAACCAAUGAAGAUGUAAAACAGGAACAACCUUUCUUCAAUAGACUAUAUAAAACAGUGGCAUGGAAAUUGGUAGCUGUUGGUGGCUUUAGUCCCAAUUUGAAUCAUGGAGAGCUCUUAAAUGGAGCUAUUGAGGCUCUAAAAGCCAUCCUGGAUGUGUUCUUUGUCCCACUAAAAGAACUGGCAGAUCUGCCUCAAAAUAAAAGCUCUCAAGAAAGUAUUGUUUGUGAACUGAGGUGCAAGUCUGUGUAUUUGGGCACUGGCUGUGGCAAAAGCAAAGAAAAUGCAAAAGCAGUUGCAUCAAGAGAAGCACUGAAGUUGUUUCUAAAGAAAAAAGCGGUGGUAAAAAUAUGUAAAAGAAAAUAUAGAGACAGUGAGAUAGAAGAUCUGGUACUCCUUGAUGAAGAAGCAAGACCUGUAAACUUACUUCCAGCAUUAAAGCAUCCUCAAGAAUUACUAUAAUAUGUCCAGAAUAAUCAUUACAUACAAUAUCUAGUAUUUGAAGAGAAAAACUGGCUUACUUUUUGUAUGA